UCAAAAUACUGAUUUUUCCGACUACUCCGAUCGAUAAAUUUGUACUAAUACCCCACCAUUGUUUACGGUCUACAAGUUUGUUUGAUUAUUUCAUGCAUGGCGUUCAGUAACGCGUUCACAUUUUGGGGGGUUUUUUCUGGAAGAAAUUGAGAGUUUUUCUCUUUCACUGUCCAUAAAAAUAAUAACUGAAAGUUAGUGUUAACUUGUUUCAUAUAUAUAUAUAUAUCAGUUUACACAUAAAUAGAUACAUGUACGCUAUGUUAAUUUUGUUUUUAUUAUUUUUCAACAUGUUCUCUGUCUUUCCUGCCUUCGGCUGGUCCUAUGACCAUUCCGAGCUUUGGGCAAACACGUUUUCAAAUUGCAAUUUCUCUUCUCAAAGCCCUGUCAAUAUCCAGCUAGCAUAUACUACACAUGUUGACUGGUGGGAAACUCUAGAGUAUUUUAAUGAGCGGAACAACAGUAAAGUGGAAUAUUUUAUGUUUAUCAGCGAAAGUAUUUUGAAAGUACAAGUACAUGGGAAUUUUGUAUUAAAUGGCGAAAGUCUUCGGGCGACUUUUUACACUAUUCAGCUCCAUUUCCACUGGAGGUAUAAGAGUAUCACACGUGGAUCUGCACAUUAUAUUGAUGGCGAAGGAUUUCCACUCGAAAUGCAUAUUGUUAAUAAAAAUUUCCAGUACAGCGAUUUAACCACUGCAAUACUUCAUCCGGAUGGUAUAGCAAUAAUAGCAUUUUUCUUUGAAAUAGAACCUCUUGACAACCCCAUGCUCAGUAAAAUUAUUGAUGUUCUUCCUGAUUUAGGUUCAAAAUCAAUGCUACUGAAAGACUUCAGUUUAAGUGGAUUAAUAGACGAAGGACUCAAAGAAACUGAUUUCUUUCAGUACAACGGUAGCAUACCAGUCCCUCCUUGCAAUGAAUGUGUUAUCUGGAUCAUUGUUAAGAAACCUCUUUCAAUAUCACGAAGACAACUGGAGGAAAUCUGGAAAUUGAGCGAGAGAGAUAAUAUGCUUGGUACUAACAUCCGUCCAGUUCAACCACUUUAUGAGCGAUUAGUUUGGACUACUUUUUCAGCGGCUGAUAAAGCCAUUAGUUCAGCUUGUUGUCUGUUAUUUCUUACAAUGUUAUGUAUUUAACUUGAAAAUAUUUAAUAUCUUUGCUUCUUGUGGGAGAAGGAAAAUGAAAAAAGAAUAACUUUUUUUUUUUUUACAUUGGGCAUGUUAAAAAAAAAAUCAUUUUAGGUUUUGAAAAAAUUUUUCCAUUCUUUGAUGAUGCCUUUUGAAUUUCCUUCUUCUUCAGUACAGCCAUACGAAUUGUACUUAUAAUGGAAAACUAUAUUUGUAUUUUGUUCAAUCCAGAAAUUGUUAUUCGUAGUCAAAGCUGUGUAUAAUUACUAAAUUGGUGUAAUUUGAAGUUAUUUUUGUUGUUAGUUUUAUCGCUAAUUGUAAAGUAAUAAAAAGAUAUUAAAGGAAGAGAUUUGCAAUCGAGAUAUCAUUAAUCAAGAUGUUAAUGAAGAUUGAAAUAUUUCUGGGACCAGUUACUUUUUUCUAUCAGUUAUAACUUUCUCCCCCCCCUUUUUUAAAUGCUAUUUCAUAAUAAGUGUAUGUGAGGCAUGAAUCUUAGGUUAUAAGAACUUAUUUCAACUUUCAAUAUUAAUCCUUAUGUUAGGGCGGCGAGCUGCCGGGCAAAAUGCUUAGUGGCAUUUCAUCCGUCUCUACGUUCUGAUUUCAAAUUUCGCCGACGUCCACUUUGCCUUUCAUCACCCUUUCAGAGGCAAUAAAAUGAGUACCAGCUGAAAGCUGAGGUCGAAGUAAUCAAUUUACCGACUCCCUAGAAAUUGCUGGCUUUUUGCCAAAAUGUGAGACCAAUAUUAAUCCUAAUGGACUAUUAGAAAACCUUACACCGUCAGAAGACACAGUUUAAAACUUGACCAGAAUCCAAAGAAACUAGUCACUGUUAUUUUACGUUAAUAAAAUAUUAGUUACGGAAGUUCACAUAGAUAAGUGCACGUAUGCCAAUAGCAAGAGUUACAAUAUUUGUCAUAUUGUCUGAAAUGUUUUUUUUUUAUGGAAGCUUCCAUUUUAGGAAGCUCCAACUGCGAUAUAUUAAAACUAAAAUAGUUGCUGGGACUGGUCCUGAGAACAGUGUAGAGGAACCACGUAAUCUCCAAUAGCAAUAAAACAGUCUAUUUCCCUCUUAUGAUAACUUUUUAUAAUAUACUCAUGCAUACCUUCGUCAUAUUCUCAGUAUGAAGCUAGUGCAGAAUUUCACCUAUGGAAUCUCUUUUGAACCAGGAAAUACUUCAGCUUCUAACAACUAGUAACCCUCUGCAAAGUUCGAGUGAGACUCAUAAUGGAUUAGUCUUGUUUCACAUUCUGGACUCCCUGCCAAAGAAAAACCUCUUGAUUGAUUAGCAUUAAUUCUUUCAGAAGCACACACUAACCUUUAGUUCAAAGACAUCCUGUUUUCUUUCUCUGUCUGUCUCUCUCUCUCUCUCUCUCUUCCAUGACUACUAUUGUAGCAUCAUAUCCUUGGAUAUGUCUAGUCUCUAGUCAAAACCCGCCCACGUCAGCGAAACUGAGGACAGGAUUGUGGAGUGAGAGCUAAGCAUAGCAUAUGAAGGAGGAAAUGUGAGAAAGAGAAGCAAUGUGGAGGUGUAGAUUGGUUUGUUGGGGUAGGGUGAGGGGGCUAACAGAUAGCAAUAAUAUAGAGAGAGACAGGGCGUGUGGGUAGAACGCAGGUUGGAGGCAAGCAGAGAUCAAUGAUACAGUGACACAGGGCCAAGAGGACAGGAUUGGGGAGUGGGAGGUAAGCAUAGAGUAUGAAGUGGAAAUGUGAGGAA